AUGCACAGUUUUCAUUUUAUUACUCCAUUUAUAAUAAAUUUAGUAUCAUCUAUUAUUUUGAUCACAAGAAAAUCUCAUCAAGAAUCAAAUUUACAAACUGAUCGAACUUAUUAUCAACUUUUACGACAACAAUUACAUGAACAUAAAAAUUUAUUAAUUGCUCCAGUUGUAUUAGUUAUUCUUGCAUUACCACGUUUAAUAAUAUCUUAUGUAUCGAAAUGUAUGAAAUCAUCAAAUAAUUCAUGGAUAUAUCUUAUUGGAUAUUUUAUUUCAUUUAUUCCAUCAAUGUUAAUUUUUUUUAUAUAUGUAUUACCAUCAACAUUGUAUAAACAAGAAUUUCAUAAGACUAUUGCUCGAUAUCGAACUAAGAUACAAAGAAGUCAAAGAGUAUUUCAUCUAAGUAUAUGA